AUGCAGGCUACAAUGCGAAAGCGACAGAACUCUGCUAUUCAAGCGUCAGCGUUUCACACUAGACAUGGGUCCAGAGACACAGAGUCGGGACUAAAGAAGCCAGAGUUCCACCUGGACCUGUGGUUCUAUUUCACGGUGCAGAACUGGGUUCUGGACUUUGGACGGCCCAUUGUCAUGAUCAUUCUACCUCUGGAGUGGUUCCCCCUGAACAAGCCCAGUGCUGGAGAUUACUUCCACAUGGCCUAUAAUGUCAUAACACCCUUCCUGCUGCUCAAGCUGAUCGAGCGCAGCCCAAAGACCCUGCCCCGCUCUGCAGUGUACCUCUGCAUCAUCACCUUUGUCAUGGGCGCCAGCAUCCACCUAGUGGGCGACUCCAUCAACCACCGGCUCAUCCUGAGUGGCUACCAGCUGCACCUGUCCGUCAGAGAGAACCCCAUCAUCAAGAACCUCAAACCUACCUCCCUGAUCGACUCCUUCGAGCUCCUCUAUUACUACGAUGAAAACCUGGGCCACUGCAUGUGGUACAUCCCCUUCUUCCUCAUCCUCUUCCUCUACUUCACCGGCUGCUUCACGCACAUCAAGGAAGAGAAGAAGAUGCCCCUCUCUGCCUGGCUGCUGCUGGGACCCAGCGCUUUCUACUAUUGGUAUCUGGUGACAGAGGGCCAGAUCUUCAUCCUCUUCAUCUUCACCUUCUUUGCAAUGACGGCCACUGUGAUGCACCAGAAGCGCAAGGGCUUCGUCCCCGAUAGCAACGGGCUCUUCCUGCUCUACAGUUUCUCCAUAGCCCUGGGGCUGGUGACUGUCUGGGUGGCCUGUCUGUGGACUGACACGGUCUUGCGCAGGAAGUACCCUGGUGUCAUCUACGUUCCAGAGCCCUGGGCCUUCUACACUCUUCACAUCAAGAGGAGCCAGUAGCUGGCAGGCCACGGCUCCUUUACCCAUCUGGCGCGCGUUAAGACCACUUACCAACCUCC